AUGCCGACCGCCAUCACCCCUCGCAUCGUGCUCAUUUCCGGCGUGUCUGGCUUCCUCGGAACGGCGACAACGCUCGAGUUUCUUAAGAAGGGCUGGAAAGUCCGCGGAACCGUCCGCCGUCAAGAGCAGGCAGACGCAUGGCUUGAGAAGUAUCCACAAUACCGCGACCAGAUCCACUUCGUCAUUGUCCGCGACCUUGCCGACGAUGGCGCCUUUGAUGAGGCGAUCAAGGGCGUCGACGCUGUCGCUCACACAGCUUCGCCCUUCACCUUCUCCUUCAAGGACAACGUCAAGGACAUGCUCGAGCCGGCGCUGAAGGGUACGACGUCAAUCCUCGAGGCGGCGAAGCGCGAGCCGAGCGUCAAGAGCGUUGUCAUAACGUCCUCCCUCGCGGCUGCGCAAGAUCCGGCAAAGGGACUUGAUCCCGGCUUCGUCCGUACCAGCGCUGUCUGGUCUCCCUUCACGUGGGAGCAGGCGGCGAAGGAGACGAUUCCUGCGAUGGUGUACUUGGCCAGCAAGACGUUCGCCGAACGUGCCGCGUGGGAUUUCUUCGAGCGCGAGAAGCCCAACUUUUCGCUCGCAACGAUCGUCCCGCCCAUCAUCCUCGGCGAGGCACUGCAGCCUCUCUCGUCCCUCUCGGACUUGAACUUGUCGGCUGCCGUUGUCAAGAGCAUCAUUGACGCUGAGGAGAUCCCGCCUACGGCCGUUCCCGUCUUCGUUAACGUCAACGACUGCGCGAGAGCACAUGUCGAGGCUAUCGAGCGUGCUCGAACGAACCGCUACCUCCUCAUCGGCGGCGACAACGACAACUGCCUCAUCGCGCAGUACCUUCGCGAGGACUUUCCCGAGCAAGCGCACCGCAUUCCGACCAAGGGCGACCCCGUCGGUCCUCACUGGAGCUACGACUGCACUCCCGCCGUCAAGGAGCUCGGCAUCGAGUUCACUGACUUGCGGACGACGAUCAAGCAAGCGGGCGAACAGCUGUUCCGCCUGGAGAGGGAGUUGCCGAAGGCUGCUAUGUAG